ACAGACAGACAGAGCAGAGCAGAUUACCUUACCACUAAUAUUAUACAUAUUGAAAGCUUGGAAAGAAUCACUUUAAGCCUUAUAUACAACAAAAAACAAAAAACAAAAACAAAAACAAGCAAUAAUUGAUAAAGAAGCCUAGAAAAAGCGGAGAAACAAGAUUCGAUUCCAGAUUCAAGAAAAUUAUUAGUCAAGAAUUAAGAAUAUUUGAUAUCAAAAUGUCUGAUUCAAGGCAGGAGGAGCAGCAAGAGCAGGAGCGCAUAGAACGCGAAUUGGUCGAUUGGAUCUGUCAAGCAAAUCAGCAGACACACCAUCCAGAGGCCACAACUGGCCAGGAGCAACUGCCAGAGUUGACAGCAAACGACAGUCGAGGACAAAGCGACAAAUCGGUUGAUUCAGGGGGCCUGAUAUGCACACCAGACGGCGGCAGCAGCAUCUUAGCCUACGAGUAUUUAUUUGAGCAGAGCUUCGAACUUCACCAGCAGCAGCAGCAGCAGCGGCAAUUCCAAGAGUGGCAGCAGGAAUUGGAAGAGGAGCAAGAGCAACUGCAACUGCUGGAUCAGCAACUGCAAUUGCAGCAAGAGCUAUUCAGGCAGGAACAGGAGCAGCAGCAGUUGGAGCAACAGCAGCAAUUGGAGCAACAGAAGCAGUUGGAGCUACAACAGCAGCAGCAGCAGUUGGAGCUACAACAGCAGCAGCAGCAGUUGGAGCAGCAGCAGCAGCAACAGCAGCAGCAGCAGCAGGAACCGAUCAAUGUAAUUGCAGAUUUGGAAUUUGUGUCCGUUAACGAAUCACAGGACCUAGAGGAGCCUGAGUCGCCGAACGUCGACGAACACGGGCAACCAGUUGAGGAGGUCAUAUACGAAUGCCUAGACCCGGUAACCGGCAUACUAACCUACAGCAAGCGCAAUCCCAGCGACCAGAAAGAGGAGACUGCUAAGACUCCCCCCGAAGCGGCUGUAUCUAAAUCGCUAGAAACUCUAGGGCUAGCAGAGCUCCUAGGCGCUUGGGGCACGAAGAAGUGUGAGAAUCAGACAUCAAAGAUCUUGCGGCUGCUGGAAGAGCGUACGAAGGAGGCGGAGAAUAGGGACGCGGAGAAGUUACGACAGCACCAGGAGCACCUGCUGGAGCUAGAGGCAUACCGUCAGAGCAACAAGCAAAAGGCGCGAGCCCAAGAGCAGGCGCGCCGACGUCGGGAGGCAAACAGGAAGAUUGUGGAGGAGGAGGCCAAAUCCACAAAACGUAUCGCGGCACUGAAGAAGGACAUCGAGCAUCAGAUCCGAGUGCAGAAGGAAUCGGAGGCCAAGUGGCUCCGGGACGAGGCCGAAAAAGAUAGAGAAUUUGAGCGGUGGUCAGAGCUGAAAAAGAGCGAGGCGAGGGCUCAACGGCAGCGAGAGGAGGAGCAGAAGCUGCGCGACGAGCUCCGGUUGAUCGAAGAGGAGAAGGCGGCGCAGAGUCGCAAGCAGAAAGAGGCGGUCAGCGAGCUAGAUCAGCAGAGGCAGAGAUUCAUGCAACACCAGAGGCUGCACACAGAAGCAUUCUUCAGCCAUUUUCCAUACGGGGAAUCCAACCAUUUCUAUCCGCACGAGUACAGCAGCAGCAGCUGCAGCAGCAGCUACAGCAACAGCAGCAGCAGCAGCAGCAGCAACACGACGGUCGCAACGUCGACGAGAUUCCCCACAGCAUCCUCCUGUGCGUCGCUGAUGCAAAACGAAAUGGUUAGCAUACCGAUGGCCAAUCUGAAUGGCGGCCUCAAGGCGGCGUCUGGAUCGGCCGGUGGCUCGGCCACUGGCGGUGGCGUGCGAUACUUUUCACAAUUUAGCAAGGGUGGCGUCUCCGGUGUCUCCACCGGCAGCAGCACCACCACCACCACCCUGGUGCACCAGCACCAGCAUCUGCAGCACCAGCGCAAGCCCAUGGCCAAUGGGGAUCUUUAUGCCAACGGCAGAGUGGCUGUCGUAACCAAUGGCAUGCGCAUCAAAACGGAGCAACAGGAUCUGCUGGAUUCCCUUACUGUGAUCAAACCGGAACUGAUUACCAAAAUGGAGCCCACAGCAGUGCAGACACCGCCACCACUACCACCACUACCACCAGUGGCAAUGGCAGCCACAGCAGUAGCAGACACUCAGGCAGCAGCAGUGGCUGCUUCAGUCACAGAUGAACCAUUGGCGCUGCUCAGCGACCAGCAGCAGCAGCAGCAGCAACAGCAACAGCAGCAACAGGCAGCAGAGGCGGACGAUCCCGAACUGGACAUUGUGAUCAACAAUGUGGUCUGCUCGUUCAGUGUGCGAUGCCACCUGAAGUUGAGGGACAUUGCGCUGCGCGGCUGCAAUGUGGAGUAUCGCAGGGAGAACGGAAUGGUGACCAUGAAGCUGCGACGCCCCUAUACGACGGCAUCCAUAUGGUCAUCCGGCAGGAUCACCUGCACAGGCGCCACCUCUGAGAUAAUGGCCAAAGUGGCAGCCAGAAGGUAUGCCCGGGUCUUGGGCAAACUCGGCUUCCCCACACGCUUUCAGAACUUUCGCAUUGUGAAUGUUCUGGGUACCUGCAGCAUGCCCUGGGCCAUUAAGAUUGUCAACUUCUCGGAGAAGCAUCGCGAGAAUGCCAGCUACGAGCCGGAACUGCAUCCGGGUGUCACAUACAAGAUGAAAAUGCCAAAGGCCACGCUGAAGAUCUUCUCCACGGGCAGCAUUACAGUGACAGCCGCCAGCGUGAACGAUGUGGAAUCGGCCAUACAGCAUAUCUAUCCAUUGGUACACGAGUUCCGCAAGCAGCGUUCGCCGGAGGAGCUGCAGCAUUUAAGGGCCAAGCAGAACAAAAAUGCCGGAAUCACUGGCACACCCGCCGCCGCCAGCAUCACCAGCACCAUCACCGACGCCAACGAGACCCGGGCACUGGAAGAUCAGAUCCUCACGGCAUCGAAGACUUUAUCGCGCAGCGAUAUCUUGGUGAAUACCACCGCUGCCCAUGCAAAGACAAUGCCUAGCAAUGCGGCUGGGGAUCUGGUCAAUGUGGCGGUGAGCAAUGUGCAGCGGCUGAAGCAGAUCGAAUCGUAUCGCCAGAUGUCGCAUCAGACGCACGAGGAGCGCCGCCACAUACCCUACCCGCGGGACAAGUCGGAGGCAGGGCUGUUCCCCCACUCGACACCCAGCGCGCCACCGGGUGACAAUAUCUGUGCCAAUGCCCGGCGACGGGCCACCGAAUGUUGGGCCACCAAGCUGCAGAACAAGCGGCCACGCUACAAUGAUCCCAGCCCAGUGACGGCGGGAGGCAAGACAACGACAGCGACGACAAGCGCAAUCACCUCUUCCUCCUCCAAUCCCGCCAUCCAAAGCACAUCCGCCACAUCUGCCACCGGCACUGCCAUUACGGGCCCCAUUCUGCCGCUCUCCUCGCUAACGCCCAUCGGCAACAUCAGUGGCAGCAGGCCCUUCGGCCUGAUGGCCGCGCGCACAAUGAUCCCUGCCACGGGGACGAUCAUCAAGAUCAAGCAGAGCUGCAUUAAGCCAUUGAACCGCAAUGCCCUGGCCGCAUUCACCGCUGCCUCCAGUGGUAGCAUCGCUACCGCUGUCAAUGCCACUGCCACAGCCACAGCCACAGGCACAGCCAAUUUUAGUCUUGGAGCUGCUGCUGCUUCUGCAGCCAAGCGGGAGCGCCAAUUGAGCUGCAACUCGGAUUUGGAUAUUGAAAUGGGCUGGCCAUGAUGUGGGAUGAUUGAAUGAUUCAGAUCAGAACAGAACAGAACAUAACAGAGAAGGAGAAGGAGAA